AUGUCUUCGAAAUCUUCAUGUACCUGUUCGAACAAAUCUCCUUAUGUUAAUCCGUCGGACAAAUGGUCACUACAAAAUGCGAUUCGUUAUACUAUUAAUCGUUUUCUCGACAAAUCAUCAACAAAGAAAAAUUGGAGUAUUAUGUUAGAUCCAAAUUAUUCACCAUUAUCAUCAUAUGAACGACGUAAACGUAUUAAUUAUGCAAUUUAUGAUUGCUUUGCCGUCACCUUAUUACAUCAAGCAGUUUGUGAUAAAUGGUCAUUAACUCAACUUCGUGAAGCAGAAUUAAUAUCUUUAUUUACUUUGGAUGCUCCACCGCAUUCUUCAUCAACCUUAUUGGAAAAUAUUUCUGAAGAUGAAAAUGAAACAGAAUCAACAUCUUUACCAAUUUCAAAUGCUCCACUUCAUUCAUCAUCAUUACGUUUAUCAACUUUAUUAGAAGAUGUUUCGGAAGAUGAAAGUAAAGAAAAUGAUGAAAUAUUUAUUUCAUUUCUUUCUAGUCAACGUGGUCCAGAAACACCAGCUAAUACCAUUGAAAAUGUUGAAACUCAUCAUGCAACAAUACCUGGUGAUGAUAUUAUAGAUUCUAUUUCAUUACAUCCACAAUUAUCUUUUAAUGAACCACCUCGACCACGUCGAACAUGUCGUUCAGCAGCUGCACGAACACGUCGUAAUCGAAAACACAACAAGGUGUUACGUUUAUAUCGGGAUCAACAUAUUAUUUAUCGUAAAGUUUAUCAUCGAUUCAACCUCCGUCAGAUCAAGAACAUCCUUCGUACUCGUGAUGUUCGAUAUGUUCAUCCAAAACUCGAUAAAUCUUCACGAAUUUUAUCAAUUGGAAUGAAAAAAUCAUCUUUAGUGGACUUAUAUUUUGAUCGAAUACCCGGUGAUUUAUUUGAUAAAUUUCAUUAUCAACAAUAUCGUCGACAAGGACAUUAA